GCGCAGCUCCGAAGCUACACGUGUUUGGUCCGGAAGCGCUGCGGGACUGGAGGGUUGUUGGACAUGGAAACUCAGAUGGAGGCUCAGGGCGCGGGGGCCGAGGAUGGCUUCACCCAGGUCACCCGCAAAGGUGACCGGAGGGCAAAGAAACGAGAGGCCGAGCAGCUGUCCUCGGCUGAAGAGGGCGGGGACGCAUGCCGCAUGGACACCGAGGAAUCCCGGCCGGCGAAGAAGAGGCCCGUGUUCCCACCCAUGUCUGGGGAAGCGUUCCUGAGUGGAAAAGAGGAAACGAGGAAAAUUCCGGUCCCGGCUAACAGAUACACACCCCUCAAAGAGAACUGGUUGAAGAUCUUUACUCCUAUCGUAGAACAUUUGGGACUCCAGAUACGCUUUAACUUGAAAUCGAGGAAUGUAGAGAUUAGGACUUGUAAAGAAACCAAGGAUGUUAGUGCUCUGACAAAAGCAGCUGAUUUUGUGAAAGCCUUUAUUCUUGGGUUUCAGGUGGAGGAUGCACUUGCCCUCAUUAGGUUGGAUGACCUCUUCCUAGAGUCUUUUGAAAUUACCGAUGUUAAACCCCUAAAGGGAGACCACCUGUCAAGGGCAAUAGGAAGAAUUGCUGGCAAAGGAGGAAAAACGAAAUUCACCAUAGAGAAUGUGACACGGACACGGAUAGUUUUGGCUGAUGUAAAAGUUCACAUCCUUGGCUCUUUCCAAAACAUCAAGAUGGCAAGAACUGCCAUUUGCAACCUCAUCCUGGGAAAUCCUCCAUCAAAAGUUUAUGGUAAUAUUCGAGCCGUGGCUAGCAGAGCAGCAGAUCGUUUCUGAUUUCACAAAGAGACUUUCUAUUUUGACUUUGGACUCUAAAGCAAAAGACCUUACCCUUUACAAGUGGCCACAAGAAACCACAAGAAGAAUUUUCAGUCACUUUAAGCCUGGGUCCCUUCUUUUAGUCUCAGCAAGAAGAAUACACAGAAAGGAAAGGGUUGAUGGUGUUCACACUCAACAGCUUCGAGGAUAAUUUAAAUAUCAACAUUUUAGUACCAUUAUUAAGGUACUUGCACAUUAAGUAUACUUUUUUCAUAUUUAAUCACAAUUUCACAUUAAAGGCUACUUUAUACUUAA